CGGAGGGAGCGGUGCUGAGGCGAUCAGGCGAAGCUGACUAGCUGAUCAGGAAUGGCUGUGCAAUGGUGCAGCGCGACGAGCCCGAACCAUUGGUGCCACCGUCCGUCUCCACCGAUGCCGCUCCGGGCAUCGGCGGCGACCUGGCCGCCGUCCCAGAAGCCGAGGAGGAUCGGCUGCGUGUCCAUCCCCAGGGAGGUCGCCGCAGCGGCGGCGGCAGAGGCGGCUCUGCCGGAGGUUGAGGCGGGCAUGGAGGAAGAAGGUGAAGUAGAGUGCGAGGACGGGUGCGGCGGGACGGGGUGGCUGCUCUGCGACUUCUGCAAAGGGAAGAAGAACAACGUGAAGUCCGAGAGCAGCCCGCGGAUCUACCGCCGCUGCCCGACCUGCAAGGCCGCUGGGUACAUCCUGUGCCAGAGAUGCAGGGUCUACAGGUGCAUCACAUAUCCAGAGAGCAACGUCUCGUGAUCACCGGAGGCAGGCACAGCCGCCUAGCAAGCAAGAUCGAGCUAGAGACCGAUCAUCUGGUCGUUUUGCUGUUUCUUCUGUCUUUUCUUUUGGUUGUUAUGACUGCAAUGUGGAUCGUCUUUCGACACUACAGCAAGCUCUGUGCGUUUACCUCUA